ACAGUUCUCUGAUUUCUUUUCCUUUUCUAGUGUUCCUCUUCUUAUCACAUACUCGGACUUUUCCAAAGGUAAAUCCUGGAAAAUCGAAAAGCAGUGGUAUGACUAUGGUGCGUUAAGAAACGUGACUUCACGACUGUCUUUUCCGUAAAAUUCUAUCUGCGGUCUCCCAGCCUGGAUCUGGCUGGCAAUCCUGUUGCAUUUCACAUCUCACUCACUCCCACACACACACACAUUGUGAUACGAAGUGCGAAGUAAAAGAGAGAGACGAUGCGAUUUGAUACGAACGCGGAACCGUUGGCGUUGCCACUGUUGCGAAGCAGAGAGAGUGAGAAGGAAGCAUCAGCGUCAGGGAAGUCAAAUGCAAAUGCAUCGCUGAGCGGCUCCGUGUUCAACUUGUCAACGACGAUCAUCGGCGCCGGAAUCAUGGCCUUGCCGGCGGCCAUGAAAGUGGUGGGCGUGGCGGCGGGCGUGGGCGGCGUGGUGCUGCUCGCCGUCCUGACGCAGGCCUCGUUGGAGACUCUGCUCAGAUUCAGCAGAGUCGCGAAGGCCUCAUCCUACGCGCAACUCAUGGGGUCCACUUUCGGGACUUGCGGAACGCUUCUGUUUCACUUCUCGGUGCUUAUCAACAACACGGGGAUACUCGUUGUCUACGUCAUCAUAAUCGGUGAUGUCUUGUCGGGAACGUCUUCCGGUGUGGGAGUUCAUCACUUUGGGGUGCUCCAAGGCUGGUUUGGUCAAUGCUGGUGGACUUCCCGUGCUUUUGUUCUUCUUCUCACCACGCUCUUCGUCUUUGCCCCCUUGGCCUUUUUGAAAAGGAUAGAUUCAUUGAGACAUACUUCUGCCUUAGCAGUGGCGCUGGCUAUUGUGUUUCUACUCAUAACUGCAGGAAUCACAUUCACCAAAUUGUUUAAUGGCAGUAUAGCCAGUCCCAGGUUGCUUCCUAAUAUUACUGAUGUUACAUCCAUAUGGAAUCUCUUUACUGCAGUUCCAGUUUUUGUGACAGCAUUUGUUUGUCACUACAAUGUGCAUACAAUAGACAAUGAGUUAGGAGACCCUUCCCUGAUGCAACCAGUUAUACGUGCAUCACUGGUUCUGUGUUCUAGUAUUUAUAUUCUUACAGCAAUAUUUGGAUUUCUCCUAUUUGGUGAGUCAACACUUGAUGAUGUUCUGGCCAACUUUGAUACUAAUCUGGGCAUCCCUUAUAGCAGUCUACUCAAUGACAUUGUUCGUAUCAGCUAUGCCCUGCACCUCAUGCUUGUUUUCCCAGUCAUCUUCUUCUCACUGCGCUUCAAUUUGGAUGAUCUUAUCUUCCCUUCAGCUAGGUCCUUGGAUUUGGAUAAGUGUAGGUUUGUCUUGAUCACCACUGGACUCAUUUCCUUAAUAUAUGUGGCUGCAAAUUUUAUACCUAGCAUCUGGGAUGCAUUUCAAUUCACUGGAGCCACUGCCACUGUUUGCCUUGGGUUUAUUUUCCCUGCUGCAAUUGCUCUUAGGGAUCCCCAUAGCAUUGCAACAAAGAAGGACAAGAUUUUAUCCAUUGUCAUGAUUUUUUUGGCCGUGUUCUCAAACGUUGUGGCUAUAUACAGCAAUGUCAAUGCCUUGUUCAGAAAACAUGUUGCUCCUCACCCAUGAGUUACGUGUUGCCUAUAUUAGCAUUAACAGAGAGGAUUGAAAUACACACUCUUGGCCUCGGAAAAUCCAGCAGUCGGAUUAAAUUGAAAUACAUUCACAUUCUUGAAUGAAUGGGAAUUUUUCAAGGUUCACAUUGCAAAAGGUUUUUGGAAGUGCAGGUGAAAGUGGAAGACUUUGAUCAAAUUCGGAGUACACGUGGAAGACUUUGAUCAAAUUCGGAGUACACGUGGAAGACUUUGAUCAAAUUCGGAGUACACGUGGAAGACUGUGAAAUAUGGAUAUUUAUGUGGUACUACAAUUAAUACUUUAUAUUUCUCAAAGCCCUUAUAGGGUGUGCCAAUCUAGAUUGGUAUCCAUGUCGACUUCUUUUCAAGUUAUCCUUGAAUAAUUGUUUUUAUUAAUAGUAGUAUACCUACCAUGAAGUAUGCUUAAGUGAUUUGAAUGAUCACUAUUUUUAA